AUGCUCAUGUCCUCACUCCCCUCAACAAGCAAAACUUCAAAGUUUGCUGUUAUUGGAGGAGGUUCUUCAUCAUCGGGAUCAUCAUCAUUGAAUAGGAGUGGUGAGAAUAGUAGCUUGAAUACAUCUUUGAAUAAGAAUAAUAAUAGUAAUACAAAUGGUGGAUUGAAUGGUAGCCUCUUUUCAAAAAGUCAACCACCAGAAAAACUAACUCCUAUCAAUGCUCCAUCAGCAUCAUCCUCUUCAAGUUAUGCAGAAUUGGAACGACAUUUAGUUCAAUACAUGCACAGUUCUACAAAAGUUUUGGCAGCUCUACAAAAGUUUGUAAGGAACAAUUUGGAAUUAAAAAGAUCAUCCAACUAUAAGUGUAAGAAAACUGACUCACCGAAUAUUAUUCUUGACGUUUUGGAUUUACAUUGUGAUGAUGAGGAUAUUGUGACGCAAUCAUUAAAGACUUUGAGAAUAUUAGCAAGAAAGAAACAAAACAGAGAAAAUGUCUCUCUUAGACUAGUUCAAUCAAUUUCUAGAAUAUUACAGGAAAACAAGGACCAAAAUGCAGAAAUCGCAUCCGAAGGAUCAAAUGUAUUGUUGAAUAUUUGUUUUGAGGGGAGAAAUAUUUCGUCUCUUUCGAAUACAAAUUGUGUUCCUGCACUUGUGGAAUUACUUUUCGAUUCUCAAAAUAAGGAAGUGUUACUAGCUGCUGUUGGUGCACUUCAGAGUAUUAGUUUUCAAGAUAUUGGAAGGAAAAUGAUUACUGAGGCGAAUGGUAUUCCAAAGCUUUGCAAACUUCUCAAAUAUAACAAUAAGGAUGUGCAAAAGAAAACAAUUAGUACCAUUCACAACUUGACAUCUGAUAUUGUAGUGGUACAGAUUAUCCAUGAAUUGGGAGAAAUACCCUCAAUUAUUGCUCUUCUUAAACAGAAUAGUAUUGCAAUUGCUUCAUCAGCUGCUGGAUGCUUGCAAAACAUUUCUAGAGUUGAUAAGGCAAGAGACGCCAUUCAGGAAAAUAAUGGAACAGCAGUUCUCACAACAGCAAUAUUCUCAACAGAAGACCCAACCCUUCAAGUCAAUUCUAUAGGUGCUCUUUUAAAUAUUUUGGGUUCUAGUAUGGAUGAAAAAGAUAUACAACAAAGGAAGGCUUUGAAAAAGAUUUUAAGCAUGUGCUUACUUGUUGGCCAGUUAAAAUCAAUGACAGAAGAUCUUGAAGACGAUAGUGAAUUCUUGGAAGUUGAAGACUAG